AGAAACACACCCUGAUCAUAAAAACGGAGCUGAUAAGAGGGUCUAAAGGACUCGAGCUGAGCUAGUCGAGCAGAACGAGCCGCUGCUGGAGCUUCACUGGAAUAAACCCAGUCCAAUCUGAAAACCCCCACCAUGAGGAGAUCCACACUCUUUCUGCUGCUUCUGGGGUUCGGAGGCGCUUCUGCUUCAUCAGUGGGCCCACGGUGCACAGAGCCCAGGGAUGAAGGAGAAGGAAAAGCCAAGCUGUUGAAAUAUUUCUAUGAUCCUCAGUUACACAACUGUGUUCCGUUCUUCUAUAAAGGCGGAGGCGGCAACAGCAACCGCUUCAACAGCGAUAAAGACUGUGUGAAAGCAUGUUUACCCAAAGCAGACGAGAUCUACCCGGAUGAGGAUAAAGUCUGUUCUCUGCCAAAGGACCAAGGUGCCUGUUUCGCCAUCAUUCCCAUGUAUUAUUACGACAAUGAAGAGAAAAUCUGCCGCAUGUUCUUAUAUGGAGGCUGCCGAGGAAACGGCAACCGUUUUGAUUCCCGAGAGGAUUGCCAGAACAUGUGUCUCGCACGGUCCGGAAGGCUUUUGGAAGCUGCAGACCUGCCAAACCCUGAUGAGAAGACUGUUGAUGCAGGGCUGAUUGUGGGGGUUUUGGGUGGGAUUGUGUUUGCUGGUGCUGUCAUUUCUGCGAUUGUGGUGUUUGUGCUCCAAAAGAAAAGCAAGAAAGCAGAACGAAAGCCAGUGCCGACAUCUGAUAUCGAAAUGAAAUAGAUCUUUGUUCACAACAUUUGUCUGUACAUAUGUCGUUAGUGCUUUUGUACCGUUUAUACAAGUCCCGUUUGAACCGUAAUAGAACAAUUGGGUUUAAAUGAUGCAUAUUAUUAAUGACUUGUGAUAAUGUUUGGUUUGAAUAGAAAGGUUCAACAAUGUAAAGCAGUUAAAUACUAAAAGCAAUCCUGUUUGGUUUUAUAUAUCAUGGCAGAUAUCUGAUGUUUGAGUUUCACACCUGAUCAAAUGUACUGUACUUAUUAAGAUGAUGUAACAAAUAAAUCAUAACUUUUCUGUUUUAUUUUGCUUUUUAACAAGAGAUUGUAUUAAUACAAUAAAUCAAGACCAAAAAUAAU